AAAACAUUCAACGAUGCAAUCAUUCGAACGCGUUGACAAGAUUUCCCGUCGAGGAACACAGCGAUCGCGUCUGGGUUGUUCCAGAUGCAAGCAAAGGCAUAUUCGCUGCGACCAAGCACGGCCGGCUUGUAACAACUGCCUGCGCAUGUCUCAUGACUGUGUUUAUGAACCUCCAGCUCCUCGCCGCAGAAAGGCGAGUCCUGACCCAGGAGCUGAUGCUGCUCAAACACAGACUUUAGAAUCCCCUGUUGAAGGUCGAUCGAGUCAACCUACAGAACAGCGUCAGACCUAUUUUACCGAACUCGGUCACAGCGCACAUGGGGCCAAUAUUUUAUCGACCUCAAUCCGUGGUCCUUCUUCACAGCCUGUAGUCCAAUGCGAUCUGUACCAGUCCGAUAAUAUCUGGAGCCACGGAGAUUGGUUGUCCGAAGGAAACAUGUCCUCAUUCUAUUCUCUGGAGCUCAACAGCUUCUACAAGUUACCGUACAUGGACUAUUCUUAUCCAACCUUCUCAUCGCCAGAUCCAGCUGUUGUUGCACAAGACUUCUCCCAUUCAACCAUUGACGCAAACGAUCCCCUGAAUCUAGCAGAUCCUCAGACAUUCGACGAAAGUCAUUCCACCCAAGAACAGAACAACGACUUGGAGCAUGAUUUUCAUGAUUCUGCAAAUGACCGAGCAAUGGCGUUCACCCAGGCCCCAGGCUCAAUGAAUACUGGAGUGCGAAAAUUCCUGUUAUCCUAUUUUCGUGACAGCGUAUCACCGCCUGCAUCUCUUGUUUCAAUGGACCCUGGCGGCUGGCACAGGCUACGGAGUCAUCUACUCACCGUAUCAUCAAGAAAUGAAGCUGCGGAAUGGGCUCUUCUUGCCGUGGCAGAGCUGUACGCCGAACAAAAUGCCGCUUCGGUCCCACAACAGGGUCAGAGAACGCAUAGCCUCAGCCCAAUGCGGUUGCAGCAAAUAUCGUGCCAGGGAUUUAGAGAAGACAUGAAAUCAUCGGAGCUGAGCACUGUAACCAGGAAUGAUCUUCUCGCAGUGAUAUUCCUGUUGGCGUGGUUCGAGGUUGUAUGUGAUGUGAAAGCCGUCGACUCUGCAACUUUCCCCCAAGAUAUUGCCCAAACUAUCAUCACCAGCAAGGGCGAAUGGUAUCCCCAAUCGAGACUGAUACUAAAAUGCCUAAAUUCUAUCGAUGCCAAAGCGUCGUACAUGGGAGGCAGGCCACUGCUAUCGGCUGCGUCACUAGGUGUGAUAUUUGAUUAUCGUUUCGAGGUCGAAAACGAGCUGGGGGACGAAAGAGGCGAGAGCGAGGAUGACAAUGAUUCCGAGCCCAUUGACGGUGCUGCCCAAGAGCCUGACCGGGUCCAUGAACGACCUCCACCCGAACAGAUAUCACCAUCAAAUUCGGGAACGUCCUCCGCCAUAAACAAAAGGUCGACCCUAACUCGUAUCCUCAAAAUGAAUAUCUUCAAUGCAAUUGUGCAGCCAGGACUCGAGUUUCACAUCGUGUCACAGCGUUAUUGUCGACGUAUAUCCUCCCUCGAACGGUACCAUCGUACUCGAGACACAGUCGAGGAUGAGUACGUGGUUGUGACAACCUGCAAGGAAUACGAAAACGAGCUCAAGAGCCUGUGGGAGCGACGACCCCGAGUUCUAGACCUUACUAUGACGGAAAUCUCUCAGACGGUCUCCAGGGACGUGGCACAGACUGUGGCCAGCCUAUUCUGCGUCUACGUGGUGACAUUCUGGUCGCACUUCAUCCACAUCCAUCGCACAGCUUGGUGGAAUUUGCCCCUCUCACAGCUCGCCACCAAAGCGGUGAGCACCAUGUGGAGGAUGAUGCGACAGCAAAAUGGCCAGAACGAAGGUCUUCCCCCAUCUGAUGAAAUCUUUAGUCCUCCUGGUCGCGGACAAGUUCUUCACCCUGGCUUCAUGUGGUCACUCAUGCUCUUUGGCUCUGAAUGUAAGCAUCCCGAUCAGCAGAGGUGGGCGGUGCGGCAGCUGAGAGACAUCGGAUCGGGCGCAGAUCCUCUGCCUAAUGGCAACAAAGGCGCUGAAAAUCGGCCUCAUGGGCCCCAGAAUGCAUUCCGAAGCGCCAUUCUACUAGAGGAGUUGACUAAAAGGCAGGCGCAAUCCGACGCACGUGUGCAUUUCAUGGACCUCUCACUUGAGAUGUUCGGGUGCCGGUUUUCCAUAAUAUGA